AGAUAAUUGCAUUAUUUAAAGCAUUGUUUAAACAAAAUAAGCGCUAGUAUAUUGUGGACUUUUGGACAACAAUCGAGCAUUCUCCAAACUUCAUUAGUUAAUACCCAAUUACACAAUUCUCGGUAGUGAUCGCGCUGCGGUUGGUCGAAUUAAAUUCGAAUUUUAUUUUAACUUAUUAAAAAAACAACCAAAAUUAUCAUAGUAUUAUUAUAUUUUAGUAAAGUUUCAUUUUUCUUAUAGUAAAAGAUAAAAAUUUUGUUACAAAAUAUCGUCAAUGUGGCUCAAAGAGUCAUUUUUUGUUUUUCUAGUGUUCUUCGAGUGUAUUUUAGUGUCUUGCUCACAAAAUAAACACUAUACAGAAGAUGGACUGCCGGUACUAUUUGAAAAAGACGAUUUCUACAAAUGCAGAGAUGAGAGUGGUACUUAUUGCAAGACAAGCUUUUACUUGACAGUGUAUAAUGAUAGUUCCAAAUUGGCAGUAGAAAUCAAGAAAUCUGCAAAUGACAGUUCAAGAUUUCGUAGAUCGUCUCUACACAGGAUGAUCUGCAUUCCUAAAGAAGUAAAUGUGAAAAACACAAAGGAAGCUAAAGCUUAUAUAGCAUAUACAAUGGAAGAGAAACUAAAAGACUAUAAUGUAACCCUAGAAGUCGAAAAGCUGGAGUGCGACACUGAGAAAAAUUUUAUAAUGUUGGACUUAUUUUUGAUAAUUGCAAUAUUAUUACUGAUAUACAUGGUCCUAGAAUCUACAAGAAAAGAUGAUAAAAAUGCUUCUAACUCAGCAUCUGCAGAAGAUACCUGGACUAAAAUAUUCUCCUUAAAAGAAAAUUGGAAACGAAUUGCAGAGAAAAAUAACAAUCCUGAUUUCCAGAGAUUAAAAUCUAUUCAAGGCUUAAGAUUUUUCAACACAAUUUUUGUCAUAAUUUUUCACACGCAUCUAUGUCAUUUACUGCUGUUUAUAGAAAAUCCUAAAGACUACGAAGAGAAUAUUGCAGCCAAUCCUGUACUGACUUUUAUGUAUCAGUCUAGCGUUUUUAUUGUCCAAACUUUUUUUAUGACGUCCAAUUUUCUCAUAACCAAUCAAAUACUAGAAUUGUAUAAGAAAAAUGGACGAUAUACUUUCGGUGACAUGAUCAUCUUGUUUGUCAACAGAAUCAUUAGGUUAUUACCAACAUUAUUGACAAUGGUCAUGAUGAUUUUUGUAGGAAUCAAACUAUUUCCAAAUGGAACUCCCAUUGUCGACGUCAUAAAUAUGUCUUGGAACGGCUGUCAAAAUUCUUGGUGGGCUACUAUUUUCCAGUUAAAUUUUCUCUACAAGAGCACUCAAAUGUGUAACCCUGGUAGUUGGUAUCUUUCUGUAGAUACUUUAUUAUACGUCACUACGAUAGUCGUCCUCUACAUCUACCUAAAUUUUCAAAUAACCUUGAAAAAAUUGCUGGUUUUUCUUUUCCUGUUUCUGAACCUUUGUUACGGCAUUAUGAUUUUUGCAUAUAACGUGGAUGCUAUGUAUAAAAUAAACACAGAAUCUAUCAGAGGCUUGCUAGAUUCACCUGCAUUUUAUUACUUAUAUAUUAAUCCUCUUGCUAGCUGGUCGACAAGUAUUGUUGGUAUAGCCUUAGGAUACAUUUACUUCAAAAUCAAGAACAAGGAAAUCAAGAUGAAUACAGUUCAACGAAUGCUUUGGCUGGCUGUUGUCAUCGUUUUACCUACUGCUGCCAUUUUGCUGACUAUUGCUGACGUAAAUGGCUUGAACAGAGCUAUUUUGGGACCUUUUAUAAAACCCUUAUCUGCUUUAGGGUAUGGAAUAGGUGUCUUGGGCUUCUCUAAGGGUUAUGGAGGUUUGAUAAAAAAAGUGCUGGAAUGGGAUUUUGCAGUAAAAAUGAGUAACUUCACUUACUGCACGUAUGUUUACCAUUUCUUCUUGGUGUUUCUGCUGCAUGGAGCAAGAAGAACGUUAUACAGAUAUUCAUUUUUCGCUUUGGUUUCGUCUUACAUAAUUGAUGUUGUACUGUCAUACGCUUUCGGUAUGCUGACUACAUUGAUGAUAGAAUACCCUGGAUUGCGACUGCAGAAAUUGUAUAUUCCGCAAAUUAAGAAAACCGUGUUACGUGAAAAAAAAUCAGACAAUAAAAUCAAAUAACAAU